GCACCACCCUGAUCUUGGGGGAAAUAAAAAGUGGGGAGGGGGAGACUCACAGGGCAGGCAGGUGGGUGGCCAGAAGGGCCUGAGGUCAGCCCAGCGCUGGUGGGAGCCUGAUGAUGGGGAUCUGGGGAGGGUCUCUCCCAUUGUGGGCCAAGUAGAAGAGGAGCUGCUACCCCAACAGCCCUGGGGGGAGAGACUGGCGUCUGAGACCCCCCCCCCAAAAAAAAACCACCAUAGCCUGGGAUUGCCUGAGGGAAGCUGCACCCCCCCACACCCACCUCCGCAGCUGCCCUUGGGAUUCAGAGCUUCCGCUUCGGAGAACAUUUGGGGGUCUCCUCAUCCGCCCCUGUAACCUGUGGAAACUUGGGGGACCAGCCCCAAGAAGGGAUCCGUUCUCUCUCUUUCGGACCGGACCAGAGUUCUCCUCCCUUGUGCCGACGGACCUUCAUUGCCUGGAAAAAAGGAGCUGCCGAGGGCUCACGAUGGGCCGGCCGGCUGGGUUUUAGGAUGCUGGGCCAGGCCAGAGGGUUUGCUUGGAGAACCGUGAUGUUCUUCUCCUGCUCCUCCAGCCUUGGCUUCAGGCCGACGGCGAAGACCAUGGAGCUCCGCAACCUCCAGAAGGUUCUCUGUGUGGCAGAGAAAAACGAUGCCGCCCGUGGGAUUGCAGACAUCCUUUCGAACAGCAGGAUGAGGAGGAGGGAAGGAAUGUCCAAGUACAACAAGAUCUAUGAAUUCCAGUAUCACUUGUUUAAACAGAAUGUAACUUUGAUUAUGACAUCUGUGUCCGGACAUUUGCUGGCUCAUGAUUUCAAGGCACCAUUUCGGAAAUGGCAUAGCUGUAACCCCCUGGUCCUUUUCGAUGCAGAAAUUGAGAAAUUCUGCCCUGAAAACUACAUGGAUAUUAAGCGCACCCUCGAGCGAGAGGUUCAGCCGUGCCAGGCCCUGGUGAUCUGGACCGAUUGUGAUCGCGAAGGGGAGAACAUUGGCUUUGAAAUCAUUCACGUGUGCAAAGCAGUGAAACCAAACCUCCAGGUCUUCCGAGCCCGCUUCUCAGAGAUCACACCCCGGGCUAUCAGAUCCGCUUGCGAGAACCUCACCCAGCCAGAUCCGAACGUCAACGAUGCUGUGGAGGUGAGGCAAGAGCUGGAUCUCAGAAUAGGUGCUGCCUUCACCCGGUUCCAGACUCUGAGGCUCCAGAAGAUCUUUCCGGAGGUGUUAGCGCAGCAGCUCAUCAGCUACGGGAGUUGCCAGUUUCCCACCCUGGGCUUCGUGGUGGAGAGAUUCAAAGCCAUCCAAGCCUUCGUUCAAGAAACCUUCUACAGAAUUAAAGUGACUCACGACCACGAAGAGGGCACCGUGGACUUCAGCUGGAAGAGGCACCGUCUCUUCAACCACACGGCCUGCCUCGUCCUCUACCAGCUGUGCAUGGAGGCUCCUCGGGCCACCGUGGUGGAGGUUGGAAGCAAACCGAAGAGCAAAUGGAGACCUCUUCCGCUGGACACUGUGGAACUUGAGAAAUUGGCUUCCCGUAAGCUGAAAAUAAACGCCAAGGAAACCAUGAAGAUUGCCGAGAAGCUGUAUACCCAAGGGUACAUAAGUUACCCCCGAACAGAGACCAACAUUUUCCCCAAAGACUUAAACCUCUCCCAGCUGGUGCAGCUUCAGACCCAAGACCCCCACUGGGGAGCCUUUGCACAAAGGAUCCUGGACCAAGGUGGGCCCACCCCACGGCGGGGGACAAAAUCCGAUCAGGCUCACCCUCCCAUUCAUCCCACCAAACACGCCGGGAACCUCCAGGGCAAUGACCAGCGCCUGUACGAAUUCAUCGUCCGCCACUUCCUGGCCUGCUGUUCCGAAGAUGCGAAAGGGCAGGAGACCACGGUGGAGAUAGAGAUUUCCGGCGAGCGCUUCGUGGCUCACGGGCUGAUGAUCCUGGCCAGGAAUUACCUGGAAGUCUACCCUUACGAAAGGUGGAGUGACAAGGUGAUCCCCCUCUACCAGGAGGGCUCCUGCUUCCAGCCCACCACGAUGGAGAUGGUGGAAGGGGAGACCAGCCCACCCCAGCUGCUCACCGAAGCGGAUCUCAUUUCCCUGAUGGAGAAACAUGGCAUCGGAACCGACGCCACCCACGCGGAGCACAUCGAGACCAUCAAGUCCCGCAUGUACGUGGGGCUCACCCCGGACCAGCGCUUCCUUCCAGGGCACCUGGGGAUGGGGCUGGUGGAAGGCUAUGACUCCAUGGGCUACGAGAUGUCCAAGCCGGACCUCCGAGCCGAGCUCGAGAACGACUUGAAGCUGAUUUGCGAGGGGAAGAAGGACAAGGCCCUCGUGCUCCGAGAACAGAUCCAGAAAUACAAGCAAGUCUUUGUGGCCGCCGUGGCCAAGGCGAAAAAGUUGGAUGAAGCUUUGGCUCAAUAUUUUGGGGAGAUGGCUCAGGUGGCUCAGGAGGAGGACAUUUACCCAGCGAUGCCCGAUCCGGUUAGGAAAUGCCCGCAGUGCAACUUGGACAUGAUCCUGAAGACCAAGAAGAACGGAGGCUUUUAUCUCAGCUGCUUGGGCUACCCUGCUUGCAAAUCCUCCCUCUGGUUUCCCGACUCUGUGCUGGAAGUCAGCAAGGAUGACUCUGUUUGUGACGUCUGCCAGCCGCCUCCGGUGCAUCGGCUGAGGCUGAAGUUCAAGCGAGGCAGCCUCCCAGCCGUGAUGCCCCUGGAAUUUGUGGGUUGCGUUGGUGGCUGCGAUGAAAAUCUCAGGCAGAUCCUAGGCCUGAAGUACCUUCAAGGCCCAGCCAGUGCUCCAAGUCAGCCGAGGAAUCUCCCCACGGAAGCCCCCGGCUCCCUUAACGGCACAAUCCGCAGCCGUGGCCAGCGCGUGCUCGCUCCCCCGCCCCCUCCUCCUGCACCAGCACACAGGGCUCCCCCAGCACUCGCCGGCGCGGCCGGGAACGAUGCCGUGAUGUGCAACUGUGGCGAGGCGGCCCUGCUCCUCACCGUCCGCAAAGAAGGCCCCAACCAAGGCAGGCAGUUCUACAAAUGCGGCUCCAGCAGCUGCCGAUUCUUCCUGUGGGCCGAGCAGCAGGAGCCCGACGACAGGCCAAACGGGGCACUUGGGUUCCUGGCACCGGCACCGGGCUCUUCCCUGCCAGGGCAAAGGAGCUCAGCAGGGCCCAGGAGGACGGGCUCUGAUCCCGGACCCGGCGCUGGCUCAGGAGGCCCCCUCUGCAGGUGUGACCAGCCCGUGGUGACCAGGACAGUCCAGAAAGAAGGUCCCAACAAGGGGCGCCAGUUUCACACCUGCUCCAAGCCGAGGGAGCAGCAGUGCGGCUUUUUCGAGUGGGCGGACGAGAGCUUAUUCCCAGCUGCCUCCACUUUCCCUUCUUCUGUGGGCAGGUGGCCCGAACGAGGGCCCGGGGAGAAAGCCAAAAGGCCAGGCAGCGACUCCUCUGUGACUGCGCCUACGAAGAGACCAAGGACGUGCAGCGUUUGCCACCAGCCCGGCCACACCAAAACCAAGUGUCCGCAAAAUCGCUGAAGCGGCGUGGCCCACGGACAAGGCCGGUUGGGCCAGGGAGAACUCGAAAAGGCCCGUUUGCAAACGAGAGGCUUCUGAAAGAUUGGGCCUCCUUUCUUGCAGGCCUCCAGUUCUCCCCUCCUCUUCAGUUUUAAAAUAGAGGGUGGGACUGUGGGAGAACUUGAGGCUGGGGGUUUCUCCACUGUGGUCACUUGGAAUUCCGGGAGUUGGAAGCCUACCCAUCUUCCAGAGGCCACGGUUCCCCAGCCAGCUUCAACUCCCAGGAAUUCUGGGAGUUGAAUCCCGCAAGUCUUAAAAUUGCCAAGGUUGGAGAGCCAUGCAAGAAGGCUAUGCUGGUGUUUUGACUUUAAAAAGCUUUUCUUCUCUUGGGGAAUUGAAAUGAGACGGGGAUGUUUCUCAAAAGUCCUGGAACUCACUGUAAGGCUGAUGCUCUCUUAGAGGACGUGAUUUCAAAGCUGAGCAAGCUUUUCCCCCUGUAGAAAUCCUAUUCCACCCUCCCUCUAACUGGAAUAACCAGCCUCCAUAAUUUAUUCAA